CCGACCGCGUCAGUACUCAGUUGUAUCUCCGACGAGCGCCCAGCUCCACGCAGCCGCGACUUUUACAGUGACAGUGACACCCAGUGACCAUGCAAAUGUUGGCGACACUUAUUGUGGCAUGGCUCGCGAGCGGAGCCCGAGGGGUGAUCCGGACGCCCCUCGAAGCCUUCAGGCCGUCGGCCGAGAUACACAUUCGGCGACCAGACAAGCUGCCUUUCCUCCCGCAUAAAAGAACAGCCUCGAUGCAACAGAAGAAUGGUCUCAAAGUUCUGUACCAAACUGGUGGUUCAGAAGAUGAUCUGCCGGAUUGCAGGCCGCGUCAAGUAUGCAGCAAAGUGGAUCUGUACGACCCAGCUCAACCAUGGAUUGAGAGGAAAUGCCGCUGUUUGGGACAUAGGCCGUGUUCUGGCGAACUAUCAUCAGACGACAACCACACCCUCGCCGACAAGACAACACUCUACAAGACCUGCGAGCCAGUCAAGAGGCUUCCUAAGUGCCGGUACUUCAAAGACGCCGCCUGGACGAUAUUCUCUCUGCCGGACAGCAAUGCGACACAGCAAAUCGUCAACUGUCACUGCCCGAAAUCUUCUGUCACUUAUUUGUUGAAGAAACUGCCAUACACGACGCCUAGCGGCGAACAGGGGAACAUGUACCAGUUCGCGUGCUCGCCUCAAAGCAGGCUGAGGUGUUCAAGAAAAGAGCCGUGCAGAUUAUUCAGCGCUCGGCGACGACACGAGCAGAUAGACGAGGUAAACGCGAGCACGAUAUGCCAGUGUCCCAGGGAGCACACGUGUCCCAAGCACCACACGGAGCCAGGAGUUCUGCCCGGCAUCACGUACAUAGCGGAAGACAUCCGCACCUACCACGGUUACUGCCUGCCCGAGCCGUCGCCAGACACCUAUAGAUUCGUAGGCGACAAAGACUGACAACAUGCGUAGACUGCUCCAAUAAAGAAACGUUUUAAAAAUGGCGGCUGCAGCGUUUUAUCCUUAUCACAUAACAUCGGAUAAUAUGCUGGCACAACCGUGUAUUCGAAAAAUACCAUACAAAAAACUCUAAUGUUGUUUACACCCGGUCAUGGGCUCCACUAAAGAAACGUUUUAAAAAUGGCGGCUGCAGCGUUCUAUCCUUGCCACAUAAUUUCGGAUAAUAUGUUCGCAACCGCAUAUUCGAAAGAUACCAAACAAAUUUCAAUGUUGUUGACACCUGACAUAUUGUAUAGAGAGCUUGUGGCAAUAAGUUACUAAUGAUUUAAUAUUAUAAUUAAUUAAUAAUGCAAAUAAUAUAUUUAAUUACAUGGUUAAGCUAGAGUGUCUUGCGUAUAUUCAAAGAUGAAUAUAAAUUACUUCUUAUGAAGGUAAAAGAAUCCCAACGCCAGAAACGGCUAAUUUGAGCGCCAACUUAUACACUGAAAGUGAUAGUUUAUUUGCAGACCGUACGUCAAAAACCGGCUGCCAUAUAUUUUAUAAGUUGCUUCAUUAUUGGGGCGGGUUAAAACAAUAGCCGAUCGAAUUGCUCACAUUUCCUGUUAGUACAAACGCAAGACGAAAAAUACUACUAUUAAGGAAUAUAAUUUUGUAUACAUCUCAGUAGAUUAUAUUAUGAACAAAAAUUUAACAGUUUCAUAUACACAUUUGAUUGAACCUUUCAAACAUGAAGAUAUACCGAUUGAAGCAUCAAUUUCAUUUUCGCUAAUGUUACAUUUCUAAGUAAAACGGGAAAUGAUGGGUUUUAACAGUAAGUUAAUUUAAAAAUAUCGUAGUCAUUCGAAAUAUUGAAUAUUAAAAAGUAUACAGGAAAUUUUUCAUUAGAAAAGUCUUAUACUAUGUCGUGUACCUAUUUGCUGUUCAGUGCGGUUUAUUAAGAGUUAAACAGAAAUGACACAUGCUGUUAUUACUAAUGUUCCUGUACGCUUAUUAAAUUAUAUUAAUUUAUGGGUCCUCUUAUAUUUACGAUAAAUUAUGUUGUCACCUUAGAUUAAGGAUUGGUCUCCGCUGCGCUCCAACUAGAUACCGCAGGCGUAGUCGCACAGUGCGGCAACUAAUACUAGGCCCAAGUACUCGAGUUAGUCUCGAACAAUGCGUGACGUUGACGUGCCACAUGUUCUGUUAAACUUUCGCCUCUUGUCUUCCAAAAUCACACGUCCUGAGGAUGCCUCGUGUAGAGGCGAAAAACGUGUCGAAUUGUUUAAAGACAAAUAUUGGCGGAAUUAACACUAAAGAAAACUCAAACCAUUUGUUUAUUUAUGGAUUUCCUCAAAGUAACGCCUACAUCAAUAAAUUUUAAUAGUUGAAUAUAAAUGCCGGGUUGCGUAGUAAAACUUUGUAAAAAUAAUACAACAAGAAGUAGAAAGACACUGUGAUCACAUAUCAUCAGUAAGUGUUAUAUAUUUUAUUAAUUUCAAUGUAAAAUAAAUUUAGUAUCACGAUGCGACGCACACAAGCAUCCAAUAGUUGCCGUAAUAAAAAAGCUAUUGUUCCUAGUUAUUUCGGUAUCUAGUUGGAGCGGAGACCAAUUCUAAAUCUAAGUUUAUCACAUUGUUUCAACAUGACAGGAGCAAUGAUAAUUUUAAAAAAAAGUUGUUGCUAAUGCGGGGUGAAAUUAAUCUUUACUGCGAAACUGAUGAGAAAAGUAAUCAAUAAAAUACGAAAAAGCCUAUAAAUAUGAUAAGGGAACUAAUUGUUAAAUUAAUUUAGUAUAUAAAUAUUCAAUGACGUUUCUUUUCCUCCAUUCCAUUAUAUGUUUCAUAUAAAACCGGGUGUAAAUUCAGCUAAAUGGUAUUGAACACAUUGGACCUCAGUGUAAAUAUAACUUAGUUAUAAAUCUGUAAUAUUUGAUGAUAAUAAUUGUUUCUGUUAUAUGAUUUAUUGUAAAUAAUAAUUUAAGUGUAAAAAUCAUUCCAAGUGUUUAGUUUAAAUUAUAAAUUUUCAUAUUUUAAUACUUGCCAUACUAGGAAUAGUCGAUGCAUUAUGAAUAAUGCUUAUUUUGUGAGACUGUUUCAUUUCCCUGUCUUCCAUUCGUAUCUUGAAGGCAUUUGUUUUAUAUUUUUUUAUGUUGUAUAAUUUUUGUUAUGGCAUCAAUUUUCACAUAAUGUUAUGGUUGAUUGCUGAUGAGUUUCUAGCAAAUGCAUUUGUUGCGAUUGUCCUCAAGAAACUAUUAUUUUGAUUUAUGUAAAGUAUUAUGAGUAGAUGUAUGCCAAGGUGUCUUUGUACGUGAAGCUGUGUAUUUAUGUAAAUAUGAGAAAAAUGUUAAUGUUUUACACUUUGUUCGGUAAAGAUACAAAGUAUGUCUUCCUUGUUUUAUAUUAUAAGUUAAAUUAUUGACACAAAAAUGAUUAAAUGUUUCAAUACUUUA